UCUCAGCGUCCUCCGACCCCUGAUCCCACCAUUGGCCCACUGUGACUUCUCCUCCUUGGUCCCCGCCUCCACCACUUGAAGGGUCAAUGGGCAACAUUGGUGACGAUUCUUGGUCUGGCUAUAUUCAUUCGGCAGCACUUGCCUCCUCCGGUAACGAUGAUGAUCAUACAUUCUCCGUCCUGCGGGGGACGCCUUUACCAUCAGCUAAUAACCUCCACUCAACCUUGAGCGCGGCGAAAGCGAUAUCAGAGUUGGCUGGCGUUGCUUUGUCUCAUUCCGAGGUAUUCGAGGAGUUGGAUAUGAUGAUUGGGCUUCCUUGGGUCACCGCUUGUCAAGUCCUCAGCCGCGAGAUUCAGACUCAAUCUGAGAAGUCCAUGGGAUCCAUUCAGUCAACGUUCCUCCCGCAACCUCAGGCUUUCGGUCAACAUACCCCAUCAUUUGCUCAAGACGCAUCAUUUCAUACAACUACAGCCUUCCAGCCACACCCACAUAUCGAAUUACUCCAUCAACAACAAUACCAGGGUUCAGUACCACUACCACAACCACCACAACCAUCAUCAUCAUCAUCAUCCUUUGUUUCUUCUCCACCUUUACCCACUGUGGAUCAAAAUUCGCCUGGAUACCCAAUCUCACCUGAAUCGCUCUCGUAUACCCAGCAUUCGUACUCUACUUCUUUGCUCGAACAAAAUGCUUUCUCUGGAUUGAAAACCUCUGGACCUGCUUAUAGGGAAGCCGAGGUUGAAAAGGUUAACGCCACUCUUAAUGCCCUUAAAGAACAGAAAGACGUCCUACUUAGAGCGUUGGACCGCCUUGGAAACACGUACGAGAUUGUUCGUAUGAUGCGAUCCGCCAUGUAAAUUGCUACACUUGCUCGACGGACUCAUUAUCGUUUGGGUUCGAAUGACUUUACGGACACCAAUAGGAACUGCCUGCCUGACGAUCUCAAAAAAUAUCCUUGUGGUUGUGAUGAAAUGCCCUUUAUACCCUACGAUUUCGUCAAGAACUUGAUCUCGGUCUCUCUCUCUCUGAAUUUUUCUGAUUCUUUUCUUUUCUUUUUUUUUUUCCUUCCUUCGUAAAGGAGGUUCAUGUUGUCUUGUAUUCUGUACGCUCACUGACAUCAGGAACCUCCCUCCUACCAUGGAGAU